AUGACGGCCAUGAAAGGCUCGCCGAUCGACGCGCUGAUUCAAAACUGCCUGCUGCAGGAGCGGUCCGGCGAGAAGACGUUCCAGUACAACGCCAAGGACCAGUCGGCUUAUACGUUAAAGUGGUCCUUCCAUAACGAGUUAGGUUUGGUGUUUGUCGCGGUGUAUCAGCGUAUGUUGCAGUUGCUUUAUGUGGAUGAUCUGUUGACAGCUGUUAGGGAUGAGUUUGCGGAUGGACACUACGAUCCGAAGAAAACGUCCUAUCCGGAUUUUGACGACGUUUUUAAACAGCUGCUUCGCGAAUCUGAACAGCAUGCGAACGAGUUGAAGCGGCCGAAGCAGGUUACCAAUUUCGGGGAGACGAAAAAGGGUAAAGGCAUGAAUAAGGCGACGGGAGCGGGGAAAGGGAAAGGAACAGGAGCCAAUCAGAGAAAGGGGGGCGUGGCGAAAGAUGGCGGAGACAGUGGGAGCGACGAUACUGGCGAUGAGGACGGAGCGGCUAACAGCGAGGCCGAGCAGCCGGCUAGCCGUCCCAGCAGCAGCUCGCCCGUCUCCUCCGCCGGCGCGUUUGACGUCUCGAAGCUCCGUAACCGCGCCAACCGCAGCAAGCAAGCUGCGGCGAAAAAAACCGGUAACGGGCUUUUCGAUUUCCCGCUUAAUCCCUCAAAAGGCGGCGGGAAAUCCGACGGAAAAGCCGACGGAAGCGCGUCGGAAAGCGAGUCGAAGAAACCGAAGAAGCAGAUGCGGAAGUGGGAUAACGACGGGCCGGCUCUGGAGCGGCAGGACUUCUCGGAAGCUUCGGAUCACGACACUGACGUGGAGGUUGUCGACGUGGCAAAGCGUAGUGGGCAAGGCGUCCCAGUAGCUGCGCACAUUUCUUACAUCCAAAUCACCCCACACCUUCCCUUAUUCGCCCUCUCCUCCACUCUUUCCCCUCCCCCACCUCCCAUCCCCCCCCCCCCCCCACUUCCCCCCUUCAUCACCUAUCCCACCCUUCUCCCACCCUUCCCCCUUUCCCUCCCUCUCCUGCAUCUCCCCCACCCUCCCGCCGCUUCUCAAAGCGUGGUGGGCAAGGCCUCGCUGGAGCUGGCGGACAUAGAGCCGUCGCUCAAGGUGCUCAAGGAUCGCCUCAUGACCAAGAACGUGGCGGAGGAGAUAGCGGAGAAGCUGUGCCGCUCAGUGGCGUCGAGCCUGGUGGGCAGCAAGCACGCGUCCUUCACGCGCAUCUCCUCCACCGUGCAGGCGGCCAUGGAGGACGCCCUCACGCGCAUCCUCACGCCCAAGCGCUCCAUUGACAUUCUCAGGGACGUGCAGGCUGCCAAGGAGGCAAACCGCCCCUACGUGGUGGUGUUUGUGGGGGUGAACGGGGUGGGCAAGUCCACCAACCUGGCCAAGGUGGCCUACUGGCUGUCACAGCACGACAUCAAGGUGAUGGUGGCGGCGUGUGACACCUUCCGAGCGGGAGCUGUGGAGCAGCUGAGGACUCACGCCAGGAGGCUGCAGAUCCCGCUGUUUGAGCGGGGGUACGAGAAGGACCCGGCGGCGGUGGCAAAGGAGGCGAUCAGGGAGGCGACGCGCACCAAGAUGGAUGCAGUGCUGGUGGACACAGCCGGGCGCAUGCAGGACAACGAGCCGCUCAUGCGAGCGCUCUCCAAACUGAUUAACAUCAACGAACCUGACCUGGUUCUGUUUGUGGGGGAGGCACUGGUGGGCAACGAUGCAGUGGAUCAGCUGACCAAGUUCAACCAGCGCUUGGCUGACCUCUCCUCUGCUCCCACUCCCCACGCCAUUGACGGCAUUUUACUCACCAAGUUUGACACUAUAGAUGAUAAGGUUGGUGCUGCCCUGUCCAUGGUGUAUGUAUCAGGGGCGCCCAUCAUUUUUGUCGGCUGUGGUCAGACAUACACUGACCUGCGCCGCCUAAAUGUGAAGCACAUUAUCCGUGCGCUGCUGCAGUAG